UCAAAGUUCGAAGCAAAGAUGUUUCCAAAACCAAAGAGAUGUGUAAAACGGUGCUGUUCAAUAUUCAGCACCGACUAAACAUAGUCUCUACAGCUUUGAUAAUGAGACAAUACAGACCAAAUCUAAUUUACAGUAGAAACGUGUCGUUUGUUUCUUUAUUUCCCGUGUGCAGGACGUCCGGGAGAGGACAGUCUCCAGGUGUUGAUCUCGAGCGGACAUCUUUGCGCGGCUGCACAGUUGAAUAACGUAACAUAGCGAGCUAGCUGUGAACGGAUUAGGGGGUGAACAAACGUGUUCAAACACUCGAUUUGAGCGUGAUAUAGCACUCAUAGCUAUGGGGAUUUCAGUUCAGUUAAUGUAACGUGACAGCAUUUUGCGAUAGCAGACACUAUGUCGGCGUUGUUGCUGCAGCAUCGUACAGGACUCUGUAGUAAAUACAGUGCAGGGUUACUGUGGACUCUGUCGAGGCAAAACUCUCGGAUAUCAACGAGCAAGCCAACAUCCAGCAAUGGUGUUACAGAUGUGCUGUUCAGAGGCGAUCGUGUCAGAAAGAUGCUCCUUUCGAAAUCAGAGACACUUACAAGUCAGCCACAGAAGCUCAUCCAGAGUCUCCUCCACAGACCCUUGGGUCCUGGCAUGGUGGGAAUUAGCAAAGAGUUGAUCAGGAACAACCUGCUGACGAACCCUGUUGGUUUGGUAAAUCUAUUAGGGUCAAUAAACUUCUUCAGUACAUCUCAAUCCAAACAAGAGAAAGAUAAAAGUGAUGGACCAAAGGGAAAAAAUCCAGAGGAAAAUGAAGAGGAGAAGAAACGCCGCGAGCAGGAGGACCAGAUGUACCGGGAGCGCCUGCGGACCCUCUUCAUCAUAGCGCUCAUCAUGAGCCUGCUGAACUCCAUCAACACCAGCGGGGGAAACAUCUCUUGGAAUGACUUCGUCAAUGAGAUGCUGGCCAAGGGAGAGGUGUCCCGUGUGCAGGUCGUUCCCGAGAGUGACAUUGUAGAAAUCUACCUUCACCCUGGAGCAGUCAUUUUUGGAAGGCCGCGGCUGGCGCUCAUGUACAGAAUGCAGGUCGCCAACGUUGACAAAUUCGAGGAGAAGCUGAGAGCUGCUGAAGAAGAGCUGAGUAUUGAGAGUAAGGACAGGAUACAGGUGUCCUACAAACGCACUGGAUUUUUUGGGAAUGCAGUCUAUGCUCUGGGGAUGGCUGCUAUUGGCGUGGCUAUUCUCUGGUACAUCUUCCGACUGGCAGGCAUGGGAGGCAAAGAAGGCGGCUUCAGUGCUUUUAAUCAGUUGAAGAUGGCCAAGUUCACCAUUGUGGACGGCAAGUCCGGUAAAGGUGUGAGUUUCAAAGAUGUGGCGGGACUGCAUGAGGCUAAGAUGGAAAUAAAGGAGUUUGUGGACUACCUCAAGAAUCCAGAACGGUACCUCCAGCUGGGAGCCAAGGUUCCCAAGGGUGCAUUGCUGCUCGGGCCUCCAGGCUGUGGGAAGACGCUGCUGGCCAAGGCUGUAGCCACUGAGGCCCAAGUGCCCUUUCUGGCUAUGGCCGGCUCUGAGUUCGUGGAGGUCAUUGGCGGCCUGGGUGCCGCGAGGGUGAGGAGUCUGUUCAAGGAGGCUCGAAACAGAGCGCCCUGCAUUGUCUACAUCGACGAGAUCGAUGCCGUGGGAAAGAAGCGCUCCACCAACAUGUCGGGUUUCUCCAACACUGAAGAGGAGCAGACCCUCAACCAGCUGCUGGUGGAGAUGGACGGAAUGGGAACGACGGACCACGUCAUUGUCCUCGCUUCCACUAACAGAGCAGAUAUCUUAGACAACGCUCUCAUUAGACCAGGCAGACUGGACAGGCACAUCUUCAUAGAUCUGCCCACUCUGCAGGAGAGGAAGGAGACCUAUGAGCAACAUCUGAAGAUCUUGAAGCUGACCAAACCAGCUGGUUUCUACUCUCUGCGUCUGGCUGAGCUCACCCCGGGCUUCAGUGGUGCAGAUAUAGCGAACAUCUGUAACGAGGCCGCCCUGCAUGCUGCCAGAGAGGGGCACAAGUCCAUCGAUACCUUCAACUUUGAGUAUGCAGUGGAGAGACUAAUAGCAGGGAGUGUAAAGAAGAGUAAGAUCCUGUCCAAAGAGGAGCAGAGGGUGGUGGCCUUCCAUGAGUCUGGACAUGCCUUAGUGGGAUGGCUUCUGGAGCACACCGAGGCAGUCUUGAAGGUGUCCAUUGCCCCGCGGACUAAUGCUGCCCUGGGAUUUUCCCAGAUGCUACCUCGUAACCAGUAUCUGUUCACCAAGGAGCAGCUGUUUGAGCGCAUGUGUAUGGCCCUGGGAGGAAGAGCUGCUGAGGCCAUCACCUUUAACAAGGUUACAACAGGAGCUCAGGAUGACUUGCGUAAGGUGACCCGUGUGGCCUACUCUAUGGUGAAGCAGUACGGCAUGUGUGACAGUGUCGGCCAAGUCUCAUUCCCUGAAACAGAGUCACAAGGGGCCGUCGGACGCCGUCCUUUCAGCCAGGGCCUGCAGCAGCAGAUGGACCACGAGGCUAAGAUGUUGAUAGCGCGGGCUUACAGGCGCACAGAGAAGCUGCUGCUGGACAACAGAGACAAGCUGAUACUGAUGGCCAAUGCGCUGUUAGAACGAGAGGUGGUGAACUACGAUGACAUUGAAGCCUUGCUGGGUCCCCCCCUCCACGGGCCCAAGAAGUUGAUCCUCCCACAGAGCUGGCUGGAGGCCGAAAGGGACAAACAAGACACGGGGGAAGACGAACCUCAACCACCUCCCCGUAAACACGGAGAAGAUGACGUGAAUCCACAGCUGGUCUGAUCUCAGAAUUCUUCUGUGACUGCUGCAUCAGGCGCUGGGUGCAUUUAAUAAAACCGGGCUUUGAUUCCUCAUUUUGAAGCUUUCUAUGCCUGAAAGUGAAAUUGGCAACAUUUCCAUGCAGAUGUUUUGUGCACAUGCACUUGUUUUCCAGUUAGCUGACCCAUUUAGAUAAUCUGAAACAGGCCUAAACAACCCAGUGCAACUUGGAAAGUGAUUACUGUGGCAGGGAUUCCAUCAUUUUCCUUGUGUGUUGGCUGUUUAUCAUGCCAUGGAAGCACUAGAAACAGGUCUGUUCAAACGGGAUGUCUCUAGCUAUUUACUGGAUGUGCAAUCAGCAUUUACAUGCUCUGUCUGAGAAUCACCAAACAAGGUGCAGUAAUACCUGAAAAUGAGGUGAGAUCACUUUUAUGCAAACUUAACUGCAGCAUAUACAGGUUUGGACUGAAGUAUUACUUUUAGAGAAUGCAUUUUACAUCUGUAAUUGACAUGUCAUUUAUAAGGCAUGUCAUUCUAUCCUGAAAAGUUGACUUUAGCUGUGAUUUCCCUACUUUGUCAGAGAUGACCAGCACCAAAUAUGUCAGCAUUCAUUCAGGGUACAUGAACACAUUAAGGUCUGCAUUAUUGUCAUGUUGAUUUUUUUUAAGCUGCAGAUAUUACUCCACACACCUUGACUCAUCUAACCAGGAGACAUACAGAGUUAAUAGGUUGAAGUUUUCUUUAAACUGUUGGACAGUGUAUUGGUUUGAUUGCCACAAGUGACCAUUGAGUCCCAAUGGAUUGUGUUGCUAAAUAAAGUUUGUAAAUAUUG